UUGUGCUCUCGGCGGCUGACAGCUCCGGGCACGGCGGCGGGGGAGCGGGCGGCGCGGUCCCGGCUCGCAGGCGGCCAGUAGAAAAGCCCAGCCCUCGGCCUGACGGCACAUGGCAGCAGGGCGCGCCGGCCCCGCGCAGGUUCACUAGGUCCGGGCUCCGGCCGGCGCGGAGGCACUCUCGGCGUGCUGGGCUGCCGCAGGACUUAAAAUGCCGCUGGCUGCUUGCUUCUUCUUGGGCUGCAGCGUUCUCUUAGCUUCGGGAUACAACUCCUUCAGUAAGAGCAUGGAGACGAUAGGCAAGAAGCAGUACCAGGUCCAGCACGGGUCGUGCAGCUACACCUUCCUUCUGCCCGAGACGGACAACUGCCGAUCCUCCACCUCUUACGUCUCCAACGCCGUGCAGAGGGAUGCACCUUUAGAUUACGACGAUUCAGUUCAAAGACUGCAACUACUUGAAAACAUCAUGGAAAACAACACUCAGUGGCUAAUGAAGCUUGAGAAUUACAUCCAAGACAGUAUGAAGAAAGAAAUGGUAGAGAUCCAGCAAACUGCAGUGCAGAACCAGACUGCAGUAAUGAUUGAAAUAGGCACAAACUUACUAAAUCAAACAGCUGAACAGACCCGCAAAUUAACAGAUGUUGAAGCACAAGUAUUAAACCAGACAACCAGACUUGAACUUCAGCUUUUGGAACACUCUCUUUCAACAAACAAACUAGAAAGACAGAUUUCAGAUCAGACCAACGAGAUAACUAAAUUACAAGAAAAAAACAGUUUUCUAGAAAAAAGAGUUCUUGAGAUGGAGGACAAGCACACACUUCAGCUGAAGUCAAUAAAAGAUGAAAAAGAUCAGCUUCAAGUCCUAGUAGCCAGACAGAAUUCUAUUAUAGAAGAACUAGAAAAACAGUUGGUUACAGCUACCGUAAACAACUCUGUUCUGCAAAAACAGCAACAUGAUCUGAUGGAGACUGUUCAUAACUUGCUUACUAUGAUCUCUACACCAAACUCUAAGAACAACUUCAUAGCUAAAGAGGAGCAAAUUAGCUUCAAAGACUGUGCUGAAGCUUUCAAAUCUGGACUGACAACAAGUGGAAUCUACACUUUAACAGUUUCAAACACUGUACAAGAAAAGAAGGCCUACUGUGACAUGGAAACUGGUGGAGGAGGUUGGACAGUUAUUCAGAGACGUGAAGAUGGCAGUGUGGACUUCCACCGGACAUGGAAAGAGUACAAAAUGGGAUUUGGUGAUCCUGCUGGUGAGUACUGGCUGGGAAAUGAGUUUGUUUCUCAACUGACUAAUCAGAAGCGUUAUGUUCUUAAAAUACACCUGAAAGACUGGGAAGGAAAUGAGGCAUAUGCAUUGUAUGACCACUUCUCUCUAGCAAGUGAAGAACUAAAAUACAGGAUCUACCUUAAAGGACUUACUGGGACAGCGGGCAAAAUAAGUAGUAUAAGCCAACCAGGAAAUGAUUUUAGCACAAAGGAUGCAGACAAUGACAAAUGUAUUUGCAAAUGUUCACAAAUGCUAACAGGAGGAUGGUGGUUUGAUGCAUGUGGUCCUUCUAACCUCAAUGGAAUGUAUUAUCCAUUACGACAGAACAACAACAAGUUCAACGGUAUCAAGUGGUACUACUGGAAAGGCUCAGGAUACUCUCUCAAAGCCACAACUAUGAUGAUUCGACCAGCAGAUUUCUAAAUGCUUUUGCAUUAUGUGAAUUAUGUAUUGUAUAGUCUUCAAAGACUUCAUUUGCUGAGCAUAUAAACACACAUCUGCAACUUGUCUCAUUUUCAAGCCCAGAAAACAUGUGCUAGUGUUCUGAAGGGAUCAGUUCAGUACAACUCCUGAAUUACAGUAGCCUUGAUCAGCUAAAGUUCGUAUCGUUCAGCCACACACAAAGUCUAAAGCAUCACCCUGAUGUAACAGUGAUUUGGCCAAAUGACUGAAUAAAAGAGCAUCCAAGAAACUGUCAGACAACUUAAAGACUCUGUUUUACUGAUCAUUUAUGUUAUGUAUGUGUUAGUAAAUAACUGGAACUGUGAAAAAUACCUAAAAUAGUUUUAGAAAUAUGCAUUUUGCCACUGAACUUUAAACAUUACUCUAAUAUAAACCACUUAACUAGAUCUAGAACUAUUUAUCUCUCUGUGUCAUGUUUGCCUUUUAUGUACAUAAAGACUGUCCUGUAAUUAGCUCAGUACUAUAGUUCUUUCCCCCCAUAGUCUCCUAAACAACUUCCUACACUUAUUCAGGGAUUUUUUCCUAUAGUCUGUAUUACUCUAUUUAACAGAGGAAAAAUAGCAUUUAAGUACUUUGCAUUUAUUCUUGGGAAAUAUCGUGUACAAAAAUCACCAUUUCUUUCAGUUUGUACUUUUUACAGUCACUGUCUUUAAGUUACAAAAAUCCCUGCAAAUUACAAUAUAGUAUGUAUUUCUUUAUAUUUUUAUGAAGAUUGCACUUUUUUUUUUCCUUUCCUUGUCAUCUACCUGUAAAAUAACUGAUCAAUAUUUUAUAAAGCGAGACAACGGCAUUAACACCAGAUGUCCGGUUGUCUAUGACAAUCAGUUAUCACCUGGUGCUGUAGUACACCUAUACGUUUUGUAAAAAUAACCUAACUGAAAAAUUAUAUGCAUGUUCUUUGAUACAAUUAAAUUUAUGCUCAUGACUCAAGAUACAAAUUACUACAUUUUAAAAAUAUGAGAUAAAAAAAGCUGAAAGUUAUCUAAGGUCAUACUGCUGGGUUUUUUUCAGUAAGGUCGGGACUUCUCUGUAGGAAUUCCCCAUAGGCAGGCCCUCAGUGUUUGCCACAAUGUGAAUAAUUUUUUUUUUUUCUUUUUAAAAAUUUUAUUACUAUGUGCUUUAAAACUGUGUACUGUACACUGCAGUUCAGACUGAGAAGAUAUUUAUUUGUAAAUCACACAAAAUAAUUUUGUGAUUUUUCCCCACAUUAGGUUCUAAUUCUCAUGCUUUGUCUUUGCCCUAAAGUACUAUUUUUGUAAACUUUUUAUUUAAUCAGAUGACUGAAUUGGUUACAAGUCAAAAACCCCAGACAACAUUUCCAGAGGCUUACUUAACAAAAGGUAUUGUAUCUUAAAAACAGGAAAUGAUUUUGAGAAAGAUGGAAGAAAACUCUUCAUUUUAUACUGACAGUCAUUAAAGCUGCUGUCAGAGUACCCUACACUCACACCACCACCUUUAUUCUUCACUGAAAACAUGUCAGCAUUACUAAAUGGUAGCAGAGACAAAAAAAUACUUCCUGAUCCGAUUUUAAAUAAACCUAAUGAAUGUAAAUUAACAGUCAUCAUCUGCGUAAAGUAAGUCAAUGUAUUUCAGAUUACUGUUUAAUAUUUUAUCGUUUCUUUUAGCAAACUUGUAAGGAUAUACAUAUCCCAAACUAAAAAAAAAACCCCAAACUUCACGAAAUUGCUUUCAUGAAUUUCUAAGAGAUGUCUUAAAAGCAAGUCUAGCAGAUAGUCACAAAGCUAGUAAAAGAACUAGAUGUACCAAGGACCACACGACAUACCAAGAGAGGCUGAGAGCGCUGGCCUUUUUCAGCAUGGAGAAGGGGAAGACACCUUACUGCUGUCUACAACUGCCUGCCUGAGGACACAGAGAAGACAGAGCCAGACCCUUCUUGGAGGUGCACUGCAGUGGGACAAGGGACAGGGAAAAGAGACAGCAAACACAAGUUGGAAUUGGGGAAAUCAGAUUUUUGUUCAUUUAUUAAUUUAUUAUUCAUUCAUACAUUUAUUACCGUGAGGGUGGACUGGACAAGUCCCUUGGAAUAGAGUCUUGAACUAGACAACCUCCAGAGGUUCUCUGUAAUCUAGAAUAUUUCAUUAUUCUGUGAAAUCUAAUAGAAAACCUGAGUCUAGAUUACUGUAUUUCCUGCUUCACUCAUUUAACAAGACAACUAAAGAAAAUAUUCCUAAUAUUUGCGAUAGUAAGCCUAUCAAGCCCCAUAAUCUAAAACCAAGCAAACAAAAAGCAUCUUAAAACACACGAUGGAAUCUAGCAUAGGAUGAAUGCUCAACCUGGCAAAGAAAAUAGUGCUGACUUCUGGUUGACAUUAACCUUCAUUAUUUUAGUAAGAAAACACUAUAUGACAAGAAUAAUAAAUAUUGCAUGGCUAGCGCUGAUUUGCUGGAAAAAAAGUCUUUAUAAAUCUUAAGGCUUUUUGAUGACUAUUCUGGGAAAGUGAUCGAAGAUAUUAAUGUAGACACUGAAUGGAUCAAUUUUUUAGGAAGACUAAUUUUUUUGGAAAACAGAGUAGUUUAUCAACACGCAUGUAAAAUUUUAGAGUGAAUAUGUUUUUAAAUGACUUUAUCUAAAUGAGAUUGCAUGGCUUAAACUGCAAACAUCAAAGUGAAGUGAGAGGAGGACAUUUCAGAAGGAAUGCAAUAAUAGGGAAAAGAAAGCUGCAAAACGUGCUUUGGACUUGGUACAUACAAUUAAAACAUAACAGCAAGAUAACCCCUCCUUUUAAUUCCUUCCUGUAAUCAAAUAAACAGUAUAUAAAACUAGAAUGCACUUUCUAAAUACUUAGGAAGCAGAAAAGAAAUAAGAAAAGAACAGCAAUAUAAACACCAUUCAUGCUCAAAUAAUAAUCAUUAUUUUAAAAAUAUCUGUAAUAGUAAUAAACCAGAAUAACUCAGGAAAGGAAUGAUUGCAAAGGUGAUGGAAACAUCACCUUGGACACUGACUUUGUUCCUCUGCUAGAGGAGCACACUGCAAACAGCAGCGAUUCAGGGUCUCAGCACAACCAUAACCUCCCUCAAUUUUAUCUUUUCACCAUCUUUCAACCCUCCAUAUUUCUGCUUUAGGAAUAAGAACUGUAAACAGAACCUCAAAAACAGCCCCAGCAGGAAUCACUUCCAAAGAGUGCUAUGGAUGCCGUACUGAUACCAUACUUGGUUAUUAAACAAGGUAGCCUGAGAAGAAACAGAAAACUCAAAAGAGCUUAAUGUGAAGUAUUCUUUUUUCAUACAAAUAGAGAAAAGGGGG